AUGAGAGAUCGCCACCCAUUCUGUCCCUCUCACACUCACGCCUCUUUAUCUAUCUAUCUAUCUAUCUAUCUAUCUAUCUAUCUAUUUGUCUAUCAUCUAUCGAUCUAUCUCAGUCUGUUCAUAUCUAUCUCAUUUUGCUCAUAUCUAUCAAUCUAUCUAUCUAUCUAUCUAUCUCAGUCAAUUCAUAUCUAUCUAUCUCAGCCUGUUUAUACUUAUCUCUUUCAGUCUGUUCAUAUCUAUCUAUCUAUCUAUCUAUCUAUCAGUCUUUACAUCUCUAUCCAUUUAUCUAAAUCUGUUCAUAUCUAUCUCAAUCUGUUCACAUCUAUCUAUCUAUCUAUCUAUCUAUCUAUCUAUCUAUCUAUCUAUCUCAGUCUGUUCAUAUCUAUCUAUCUACCUAUCUAUCUAUCUAUUUCAGUCGCUUCAUCUCUUUCUAUAUAUCUACCUCAGUCUGUUCAUAUCUAUCUAUCUAUCUAUCUAUCUAUCUAUCUAUCUAUCUCAGUCGGUUCAUAUCUAUCUAUAUAUCUAUCUCAGUCUGUUCAUAUCUAUCUAGCUAGCUAUCUAUAUAUCUAUCUUAGUCGGUUCAUAUCUAUCUAUCUAUCUAUCUAUCUAUCUAUCUAUCUCGCAUUCUCUUACUGUUUCUCUCACUUCUCUCUCACACACAAAACUACCGUGGCCAUAAAUAUUGCCCAUCACUUCCACUCUCACACUAUCUAUCUAUCUAUCUAUCUAGCGUUCUCUUUUCUCUUACUGUUUCUCUCUUUUUUUCUCUCACCCAGUUUCCCCCGCUUUCUCACAAACAUAUACUCUACUCUUUUUCUCUCUUCCACGCAUUCUCUUUUCUCUUUCUCUUUCUGGCGCACACACUCUUCUUUCACUUUCCUUUGUCUUUCUCACACACUCACUGUUCCCGCUAUCACUCGCACAAACACACACACACAUUUCCUUCCCUCACACGCGCAAUAUUAUCUGGUCAUAGCUAUCUAUCUGUCUGUCUAUUUAUCUAUCUCAUCUUUUCGUAUCUAUCUAUCUAUCUUUCUAUCUCAGUCUGCUAAUAUCUAUCUAUCUAUCUAUCUAUCUAUCUAUCUAUCUCAGUCUGUUCAUAUCUAUCUAUCUAUCUAUCUAUCUAUCUAUCUAUCUAUCUAUCUGUCUGUCUGUCUAUCUAUCUAUCUCAGUCUGUUCAUAUCUAUCUAUCUAUCUAUCUAUCUAUCUAUCUAUCUAUCUGUCUGUCUGUCUAUCUAUCUAUCUCAGUCUGUUCAUAUCUAUCUAUCUAUCUAUCUAUCUCAGUCUGUUCAUAUCUAUCUAUCUAUCUAUCUAUCUAUCUAUCUAUCUGUCUGUCUGUCUAUCUAUCUAUCUCAGUCUGUUCAUAUCUAUCUAUCUAUCUAUCUAUCUAUCUAUCUAUCUAUCUCAGUCUGUUCAUAUCUAUCUAUCUAUCUAUCUAUCUGUCUGUCUGUCUGUCUAUCUAUCUAUCUCAGUCUGUUCAUAUCUAUCUAUCUAUCUAUCUAUCUCAGUCUGUUCAUAUCUAUCUAUCUAUCUAUCUAUCUCAGUCUGUUCAUAUCUAUCUAUCUAUCUAUCUGUCUGUCUGUCUGUCUGUCUGUCUAUCUAUCUCAGUCUGUUCAUAUCUAUCUAUCUAUCUAUCUAUCUCAGUCUGUUCAUAUCUAUCUAUCUAUCUAUCUAUCUAUCUAUCUAUCUAUCUAUCUAUCUGUCUGUCUGUCUGUCUAUCUAUCUAUCUCAGUCUGUUCAUAUCUAUCUAUCUAUCUAUCUAUCCCAGUCUGUUCAUAUCUAUCUAUCUAUCUAUCUAUCUAUCUGUCUGUCUGUCUGUCUGUCUAUCUAUCUAUCUCAGUCUGUUCAUAUCUAUCUAUCUAUCUAUCUAUCUCAGUCUGUUCAUAUCUCUCUAUCUAUCUAUCUAUCUAUCUAAACUGUCUUCUCUUUCACACGCAUACACGUUCCCCUAUAUCUGUUGUCUAUCUCACAUGUUUUCCUCCUCUCUUUCACACUGUUCUCUCUCGCUUUUCAAUCUCUCUCAGGCACAUACACCCUCUUGACCAUGCAUACACUUUCCUCUAUAUCUUGCUUACUUAUCUCACACGUUCCCCUCUCUCACAAUCUUCUAUCUCUCUCUUCGCUGUCUCUCAAACAAAUCACACCUCUCCCUCUCUAUUUUCUAUUCACCCUAUAUAUUCUUCUCUCUCUCUCUCUCUCUCUCUCUCUCUCUCUCUCUGUCUCUCUAUCUAUCUAUCUAUCCAUCUAUCUAUCUAUUCUACGCGUAAAUAA